AGCACAUCAAUUAAUUAUGGAUGUAUAAUAAACAUACUUAAUCAUAGGGUUAUUCAUUAGCUCACGAUAGAAAUGUUGUAACUAUAUUCUCUGCACCUAAUUACUGUUAUAGAUGUGGUAAUCAAGCUGGAAUUAUGGAAGUUGAUGAAAAUCUAAGAUAAACAUUGUACUUUAUAAUCAUUAUUAUAAUAGUAUUACAUUUGAUCCAGCACCUAGAUCAGAAAAUGAAUCUGUUCCAAAAAGAGUACCUGAUUAUUUCUUAUGA